AUUGACGCCGCUGGGUUUGGGAAUGUGCUUCCACAAGGGUGGAAGCUUAUGCUCUUUGUGAAGAGGAGAGGCAGCCAUUUUUGGUUAGCUUGUAGCCGAUAUAUAAGCCCUAAUGGACAACAGUUUGUUUCCUGCAAGGAGGUUUCUUCAUACUUGCUCUCCUUUGGUGGACUUAAAGAUUCAAGCCUGGAAACUUCAAAUCUUGCUGACAAGGGCAUUGAUUUUGCUGUCAAACCCUCAUCCGGAAAUUUGCCAACUACAUAUAGAUCUUCUGAAAACGAGAAGGGAACUCCCUUACAAAGAAUGGGGAGUCCAAGGGAAGUCCAGAGAGCUGAAAUAAUAAAAUGCCACAAAUGCACCAUGACUUUCAAUUUGCAAGACGAUUUUAUAUGCCACCUGUUAUCAUCUCACAAAGGAUCAGCAAUGAGUUCGGUAGAUGGUACCUUAACUAAUGAGGAGGUGAAAAACAAAAAUGGAAAAUAUGAAUGCCAGUUUUGUCAUGAACUAUUUGAAGAAAGGAAUUGCUACAGUAGCCAUCUUGGGAUCCACAUGGAAAACAAUAUGAAGAAAGUUGAAGGUUCUGCUGGAGAGCAAAACAUCAUCCAGCCAUUAAAUUCCGCUCCCAACAACAAAAUGGGGUCUGGUACUCAUUGCAGUGAAUCUAAUGAAAAUCCUCUGGUUCAAAGGUUUACUGAUAACAAUCAUGAAUGCAAUUUAUUGUCUCAUGAUGAACAGGAUAAGGUUAACAGGAAUGAAAGAGUGUUAGCUGAUAAAAAUUGUGAGACAAAGUAAAUUCUAUUCUGCAGCUGAUAAUAAAGGAGAUGUCAAUGCUGCUGCUGUAGCUGCUGAUCUUAAUGUUUCUUUGGGUUCUGAAAAUGUCUUGUUUACUGCUGACAAAGAAGGGAUUUCCCAACCUUCAUGUAAAAUAGAUGUGGGAUUUGCCAUUCCAGUGGAUGAGAAUAAGAGAAAGUGUGCUUCAGGCACCAGUUUCCUUCCAAAUUCUAAGGGAAAUAUGUUUACUGAUGAAAAUAUUGAGGAUAGACAUUUUCCUAGUUUUUUGAAACGGAUGGAAGCUGAUUUGAAGGAUAAAGCUACAAAGGAUGAUCGAAAAACUGGCUGUGCUGAUACUAGAAUAAGGCUGGAUAAUGCUAGAAUUGAUUCUAAGCCGGAAAAUUAUAGUGAAGGUUAUUCACUCAUUCCUUCCGGCAACAAUAAAAGAGUUAAUUUCGUGGAUCAUUUGAAAGGGGCUUCUGUUACAAUAGAUUCUGCGCAUAAAAGAGGAUCUGGAUGUGGUUUAACUUCGUCCAAAGAUAGUCAAACAUGUGUCAUCAACAAUAAUUCAAUUCUAGUCUCUGGUACAUUAGAUGAUCCAGCAUCUAUUAUGGUCAAUGAGUUUGCAAAUAUUGGCCCUACUGUUUCUUUUCAAAGCCAUUUCCCUAUGAAGAAACCCUCACAAGAUAAAAGUGAAACUGUCUUGCUUGCUUCACAUGGAAGGGAGCAAAUAUUUCCUUCGGACAAUAAUGCAUUUAAGGUCUUUAGCCGGACAAUAGAGAUGUCUGAACUUGAUGAAGGCCAAAAUUCUAGAGGAUUAAUUCAAGGUGUCAACAGGCAUGACAGUGGUGUGGGUGCUAACAAUCUGGCUUGUGUCAAGCAUGAAAUUAAAGAUAGUCAAUUUGGCCCAUCUUCAUAUAAGAAAACAUCUACCUGCACACCAGAGUAUAAACAGGGUAAAGGGUCUGAGAGCAUUCUCUAUCAACAAUAUGCUAAUCAGCAAAACAGUAACUAUGAAAAUAGUAUGAACAAAGUUUCUCUCUUUACAAUAGAGGAGCCCAAACACAAAGGGGGAAGCUUCUUUUCUGGAAAUGCUUAUUCUAGACCAGGACCAUUUGCUUUGGCAACGUGCAGGGAAGUUGUUCCCCUCAUUUUUCUGGAAAUAGGGAGAAAAUUGCUGGUAAAAAUAAUGUACCUGGUAUUAGCAGUGGUGCUGUUCAUGAACUAAAGCAAAAUAAAGAUCCUUUUGGGAAUUUCUUUGGUCUAUCGAGUAGUGAACAAACACAUGUUGCAAAUAAUUUGAACAUGGUUCAUGCAGGCACAGCACAUAAUGGGUCUAGGUUACAGGGUUUUGAAAAUGCAGGGAAUAAUGAAAUAAUGAUUGGCUAUUCCAAUCAUGCCCGACCUAUUGAGGAUUCCGUGACUGGGCUCACAUGGAAAAGUAAUGAAGGAAAUGUUCUGCUGAGUGGUUUGGCUGAUACUUCAUCCCAGCUGUUGCCAUCAUCUGGUUAUUACCCUACAUUUGACUGGAUGUCACAUAAGGGUGAAAGUGAAAUGUUUGACAUUAGUGGAAAGGGCAGCAGUGCAUCAGCUUUUGAAGGCCUGCAAUCAGAUAGCAUAGAACAUAUGGAAUAUAAUUUUCUGACUGCUCAAUCAAGUUCUUGUUCAGGAAAUUCCAAGGGUGGAAGUGAAAUGUUCAACAUUAGUGGGAAGUGCAGCAAUGAACCAGGUUUUGGAGGGCUGCGAUCUGAUAACUUAGAACAUAUGGAAUAUAGUUUUAUGACUGCCCAACUGAGUUCUCGUUCAGUAAACUCAAAGGAUGUUCUGCCACUGUUGCCUAAAAUAGCUGGCAGACAUCAGGUUUCCUUGUGUCCUUGGUGUGGAAAUGAGUUUUAUAACGAGGCUGUUGACGUCAGGGCACAAAGAAGCACGGUUAUGUGUGCCAACUGUCAGGCUAGGUUCUCUAGGAACUGUGAUUUUAUGUAGAAUAGCAUGUUUACAAGCAUAACAACAUGUCUGAUUCCCAAGCUCUUUGAUUCAAGACAGAAUCUGAAACAAAUUGAAGGCUGAACUAGUCUGCUUAUGGGUUGAUCAAAUUAUUGUCCUCCCAACGCAGAGUUUGCAGUUCUGGUAUGAUUU